AUGGCAAACACUUCCGAUUUAUACUCAAGCCGCACUGGGAAAUUAACUUUGCCAAAAAGAGCAACAUUUCUAGACGAACUUGCGGAAGAAGCUGAGUUUUACCAGAUCCAAGGGAUUCUAGACGAGUUAGUAUUUAAAUUACCGGAAUAUUUUGAAGAAUCAGUGAUUCUGACGAAUAAAGAACACUGAAGCGUGUUAAAUGGUUGGUUGUCUCCACCAGAGGGAAAAUGGAAGCUUCCAUUCCCAGGUUCCCGAGAUGGUUUCCAAGCUGAAACGUUUCACUCCAAACGAGACAACAAAGGGCCUACUGUCACCAUCGUGAAGAGUGGAAAUUGCGUUUUGGGAGAAUUCGCUGAAAUAUCGUGGGACAGUAAGUAUGUUAGUUGUGACAGGGUUAAAUACUGGUAUUUUUGGUCACAUUUCGCGGCAUUAAAUAAUACAUUUUUAGUUGAGGGAUAUUUCAAAAUACCUAAGAUAACAAAGCGCAACGAGACAACAAGACGUAAUAAAGAUAGAAAAAGCUUGGUUAGGAUCUUUGGCAUUGCAAAAGUCAAGGAAAUUAGAAUGAAAUAUCAAUAGAUUUAGUGUAAAAAAUUUCUUUAAACUUUCCAAAUAUUGACACGCAUUGCAAAUGAUAAACAAGAUGAACAGUAAGUGUCCAGAACUCAUUCAAGACGAUUUUUAAAGGUUUGCUAUGCCUACUUAAGGUUGACGCGUUAUUUUUAUGUUUUAGUCACGGUAAUAAGAAACAAGUUACAACAUAUUAGUUUUAUAUGCAAGAGGUGUCUCUUUAGCGAAGGAGGCUCGACGUUGAUAGCAGUAAUAGCCCCUCUCACCAGGCCCCUCUCCUAGAUUGAACUCUUUCAAAAGCGCAUCAGUUUCGAUAUCGAGAAAAAUCCAGGCACAUCAUUUGAAGUUUUAUCCAUAUUUUCGAAAUAUUCUCAUUUUCUUAGAGGAGUAAUGAUACAAGGGUCAUUUUACCCGGUAAGACUGGUACGUUAACCCAGCUAGAAUACGUAAUUGCCCAAUGUCUAUAUUUAGUGCUUGUUGAGUAUAAUGCCUUGUUUAAGAUCGUCAAAACAUUCUCUGUUUUUUGAUCGACGAGUAAUCGAUUACGUAUGUCAAGAGAUAUUAAGCUAUUCAAAACACCACUUGUCUCGACACUUCGCAGCAAUUAAAAGAUCUUGAAGACAUUUAUGUUUUACCUCUCUUCCCAAAGUUGAAACAAUGAAAAAGGAAAACUAAAACCCCAUUCACACCAGAGCUUAAACAUGUUUAAAGUAGUUUUCUCAAACAAGGUUUGAAAUUGUUUUUCUUCAGAGAAACUGCUUAAACCGAUGUUUGUAGGCCUUAAACUCAGCGCAUUGAAAUUACAAGUUAGUGACUACUUAAAACCUAUGGAAAAACCAGCUUUCCAGUUCACCGUUUCUGAGUUUUCAUUGAGUUAAACCAGGUUUAAAUAAAACAUAUUUGAUUACGAUAUGGCCACUUUUUCAGCAGAUGUAUUGAUGUCUUAUUCCAAAAAAUAUAUUUCGAUUAUUCAUGUUCUAUAAUGCCAAUAACAAUUCUGAAGCAAUAUCUCUGAAUUACAAACAGGCAUCAGUAGAUUGGUAAGUACAGCUUACAUCGGUACCAAAAAGAAGACCAGUAUAGGUGCAUCGGCUCUAGGAAAAAAAUAGCGCGUGAAGCUUAUUUGGAAACCACCCUGAACAAAGCCAUGCGCUCAAAAAUCGCACCAAGAUCUUUUUCCGUUCUUUCUUAAUCGAAGUACAUGUUUUCAAACUCCAGAUGAAAAACAAAUAUGCUUAAGAAUGAUUCAUUAUCGAAGUCUCACAAGCAAUGAAAUGAUCUUUCCCAAGCAUCUACUCUACGCAACAAAUCGAAAUACAGAGUAAUUACGAGUGCAACAUAAAAUGGCCCUUGCCUUAUUUAAGAUAACUCUGUACAGCUUGCAGCUGAUUAAUCUUAUUUUGUUUUGGUAUUGAUUGAUUUAAUUAAAGAUUUUCCGCUGAUUUUUGUGAAAUAAAGUGAAAAAAAAGUGAACCAGCUAUUACCUUUAGCGGCACCUCUUUGCUUUGAGUGCGAGUAAUUUUCUUCCCGAGUAACAAUAAGUGCGGUUACGGUCUCAACUUGCGUCAUUGCGAAUAGUGUGUACUAACUCAUUCAAAAAUCACCAAAUUACUUUUAAAAUAAGCAUGACUACAUUCAUCAUGCUUUACGGCCAUGCGGGAGUCUUAAAAGAGUUCCUUUCGUUUUCAGGAUAUCGUUUGUACUUUAAGUAACCAUGAGUAAAAGAGACUCUACAAAGAGGUAGAAACAACAGAAAAAAGGUUCGGAAGCUGCAGAAGAUCACUUCAAAGAGGCUUGCAAAAUAUUUAUGCAAGAAGCAGAUAGACUUCGCUAAAAGCAGGUAGAGAUCGACACCAUGUCGAAGAAGUUGGAACACGUUCAAUUUCCCUCAAUUAUAGAGCUAAAUGUCGGGGGUCAUCGCUUCACAACGACUCUUCGAACGCUUACCAAGGAUCCAGAUUCCAUGUUGGCUGCCAUGUUUUCCGGGAGGCAUGAAAUAGAACGUUGUAAAGACAGUGCUUUCUUCAUCGACCGGGAUGGAACUCACUUCCGGUUUAUACUUAAUUAUCUUCGCAAUGGGGAGUUAAUUUUACCAGAUAGUGCAACAUUUCUCAAAGAGCUCGAAGUUGAAACUAAAUUCUACCUGAUCCAAGGAAUAUUGGACGAGUUGAUGCCUAAAGCCUUGCAGAAUUUCGAAGAAUCAGUCGUUGUGACGAACGAAGAACACCGAAGUGUGCUGAGCGGCUGGUUACCUCAACAAGACGGCAAAUGGCAGCUUCUGAUGCGAGCUUCUGAAGAAGGCUUUCAAGCUCAAACCUUUCAUUCCAAAUGUGACAACAAAGGGCCCACUGUCACCAUCGUGAAGAGCGGGAACAAUAUUUUCGGUGGAUUCACUGAAACAUCGUGGAGCAGUAAGUAUAUUAGUUAG